AUGGCUGCCAAAGCGUCCAGCAGUGAGGCCAGCUUGGAUAACAUUAAACUGGAGGCUCUAUCGCUGAGCGAGGGCAUCCAGGACGCGCCCGUCUGCAUUAUAGUGCUGGGCAUGGCCGGCUCCGGCAAGACGACCUUCACGCGCAGCCUCAUCCAGCACGCUCAGGAAAAGUUUAAUCCGUAUGUGGUAAAUCUGGAUCCCGCAUGCCGUGAGGUGCCCUAUGCGACACACAUUGACAUCCGCGACACAGUCAACUACAAGGAGGUGAUGAAGCAAUACCAACUGGGACCCAAUGGCGGCAUUGUCACAGCCCUCAACAUGUUCACCACCAAGAUGGCAAAGUUCGCAGAGUUGGUGCGCCGGGCCGGGCAGCGGGGCCACAAGUGGUGCAUCAUUGACACACCGGGCCAGAUUGAGGUGUUCACGUGGUCCGCCUCGGGCAACAUUAUCACCGAAGGGCUGGCCACCAUGUUCCCCACCAUCAUUGUGUAUGUUAUGGAUGUGGAUGCCCUCGAGCAGGAGCAGAGUUUCGUGAACAACCUCACACGCACCAUGUCCCUCACGCUGGACACCUUCUACGAGAAUCUGGUCACCUGCGGUGUCUCGGCCAAGACGGGCGUCGGCUUUGCCCAGCUGCUGCAGCAUGUUCUCGACUGUGUAAAGGAAUACGAGAAGGACUACAAGCCCGUGUAUGAGAAGAUGCGUAAGGAGCGCAUGGCCGAGCAGCAAGCCAAGCUCCAGCCGUCAUCCACUGUUGAGGAUUCUGGCACUGCAGUGCCCAUGGGCGUGGACCUCAAGGAUCCACCGCCAUACUCGGGCAACAACAUGUUCCUGAUGGCCCCUGGCCUGGUGCCGCAGCAAAUGGACUCCGAGGAACUGGAGGAUGACACGGAGACCGAUGGCAAGGGCAACGCCGAGGAGCAGAACUUCCACACAUUCGUCCAGAGUCAUCUCACGGCACAGGAAAGCAAGCGCAACAAAUUCAUGCAAGAGCAGCAGAAGCCCUAA